UAAUCAGUCUUCUACUACAAUACCCAGAAGACUUCCGCAGUGGCAUCCUACGUCAUCACGUCGCUGUUACGCUGCUGCGGGCUCCUGGAUUUAAAAGUGGAGUCGUCUUCAUGAUGAGCUGGGACCGUCAGCUGAGCUCUCUCCUCUCUGUAGCCGACAGCAGUGUGGCGAAGAUGAGGGAGAGACUGAGCUCACCUGGAGAAGAUCUGUUUCCUGUGAGGGAGAGGAUCGAUGCUCCUCCUCCUCCUCCUCCUCGCCCCCUCCCUCACAGAGAGCGCCCCCUGCCUGUCAGCGUUCAGUGGUCAGACCUGGCCACGCUGCAGUCCCAGCUGCAGAUACAGAGACAGGAGAUUCAGUCUCUGACACAUCGAGUUAUCACCAUGGAGUCAGAGAGACACAGUCAGCACAGCCACAUCCAGAACCUCCAGGAGGAGGUGCAGAGGCUGAGGAACAGAGGGGCGGAGGAGUGGAGGAGAGAGGCGGAAGAGCUCAGCAGUCUGCGGGAACAAUUCACCAGAGCCACGUCCAUCGGCCACCUGGAGGAGAGUUUGAGCUCAAAGCUGGAAUACCUGAGGAGAGACAUGGAGCUGCUGAAGACUCAGCUGAGGAGGCAGGGGGAGGAGCUGCUUCACCUGCAGGAGGAAACCAGAGAGAGCAGGAGGCGGGACCAACACACCUGCAGGACUGUGGAGCAGAUGACUGACAGCUUCAGAUCUCUGAGCUCUGAGCUGACUAAGAAUGUCUCAGACACACGACAAGAGGUCCAACAGAUCAGGUCGAAUGUGUCGCAGCUGAAGGAGGAGCUCAGGACGACCAGAGAACAUCGGCUGUCAGCACACACACCAGGGGCGUCCCCGCUCCUCCCUCUCCCCCACAGAGGACUCACGCCUGACCCGGACCUGGACUCUGACUCAGAGGACUUCAGUCCGACCCCAAGUCUGGCUGAGGUGAGCUCAGACGAUCUGUCCUGGCUGGAACACAGAGACCCUCCAGAUCGUCGUCGGAGACGUCGAGUCAGUCUGAGCGAUCAGUCCGACCUCUCUGCUGCAGACGAACAGCUGCAGGACGAUGAUGAUGAUGAUGGUGAUGAUGAUGAUCUCCUUGAUGACGUUUGAACCCAGAUGUAGGCUCUGACCUGAGCCUGAACGACCUCUGACCUCUCUUCAUAUUUAUCUCCUGACAUAUUUAUUUUUUUAAUCUGUGUAUCAGACCUCACUCUGUCAGUGAUCUCUGAUUUAUGUUUCAGCUGCAGAGAUUGAACUCUGACUAUGUGAGGUGAACACACACAGACUGACUUCACACAGUCCGUGUGUGCUCACCUCACACAGUCCGUGUGUGCUCACCUCACACAGUCCGUGUGUGUGUUCACCUCACACAGUCCGUGUGUGUUCACCUCACACAGCCUCACCAGUUCAGUGUUUUUGUCUUUCACAAUAAAACUGUUAAAAUAA